AAUACCCUCAUUGGAUUAAUUGUAUACAAGACAAAAACCCUCAGAAAGCCCACCAACUUUUUCAUUGUAAACAUGGCCAUGUCCGAUCUACUGUAUCCGAUUUUCCUGUUUCCUCGGGAUUUAGAACAGUUACACAUCAAUAUUCAGUCCUGGUUAAUCGGCGGUCCUCUUGACCAAGUGUUGUGUAAACUGAUUCACUUCGCAAUAGACGUCUCAUCUACUAUUUCAAUUCAGAGCCUGGUUUUGAUAGCAGUGAAUCGAUUCGUAGCUGAGGUAUUUCCCAUCCGUUCCCCACUGAUCAGUUCAAAACACUGCAGGUUCUAUAUCCUCGCCACUUGGAUCAUUGCCUUGGCUGUCUGGUGCCCAAACUUGCUCGUCUAUACCCUUGUCGAGUAUCCAACGAAGCAGUACUGCAUGCCACAAUGGAAUGGCGCAUUUGAUGACUUCAAGUCCUUCCUAGACUACAAUAUAGCAUGGUGCGUUGUCCUCUUGUAUGUCACUUUGGCUUUAAUGUCCAUUCUUUAUUUUGUCAUUGCCUUAAAACGUUUAAAUGAACGUUUUCAUUCUCAGGUGUAA